AUGGCCCACGCUGCCUCGCGAAAGAAUGCGGCCUCGCAAAAGACGGCUUCUCCUGCGCCGGCCUCGAGAGUUGUCAGCAGUGACAUGAUCCGAACGCAGUCGAGCAAAAAGAAGAGCUAUGCAUCAGAAGGUGCAACGGAUAACGAUAUAUUCAUGCUUCCUAUGGGAGACUAUCAGAUCAUGGCACUUCUGACCCUGUUGGCUGGUGUCGUUCGCCUUUUCAAGAUCUACCAACCCACCAGUGUCGUCUUCGACGAGGUUCACUUCGGUGGAUUUGCCACCAAGUACAUCAAGGGCAAAUUCUUCAUGGAUGUCCAUCCUCCUUUGGCGAAACUCCUCAUCACCUUGGCUGGCUGGCUCGCUGGUUUCAACGGCGACUUCGACUUCAAGGACAUUGGAAAAGAUUAUCUUGAACCCAAAGUUCCCUACGUCUCGAUGCGCCUCCUCCCUGCUAUCCUCGGAGUUCUCACUAUUCCUACGAUGUUUCUGACCCUGAAAGCGUACGGAUGCCGAACAGUCACGGCUUGUCUCGGCGCCGCACUCUUGAUCUUUGAAAAUGGAUUGAUCACACAAUCGAGGCUGAUUCUUCUCGACUCGCCCUUGGUCAUUUGUACUGCUUUUACUGCUCUCGCGUGGACUUGCUUCACAAACCAACACGAACUGGGCCCUGAGCGCGCGUUUGAUGCGAGUUGGUGGUUCUGGCUUGCGGCCACUGGUCUGGGUCUCGGUGCCACAGCCAGUGUCAAAUGGGUUGGGCUCUUCACCAUCGCCUGGGUCGGCAGCUUGACCAUCCUCCAAUUGUGGGUUCUACUCGGCGACAGCGUCAACGUUACCCCGAGGAAAUGGUUCAAGCAUCUCUUUGCCAGAGUCUUCUGUCUGAUUGUCAUCCCGAUCGCAUUCUAUGUUGGCAUGUUUGGAAUACAUUUCCUGUGCCUGGUCAACCCUGGCGACGGCGAUGGAUUCAUGUCUUCUGAAUUCCAGGCAACCUUGAACAACAAGGGCAUGGCCGACACCCCUGCCGACGUUUUGUUUGGCAGCGAAGUGACCAUCCGACACCACAACACUCAGGGUGGCUAUCUCCACUCCCAUCCGCACAUGUACCCUGGCGGCAGCAAGCAACAGCAAGUUACCUUGUAUCCCCAUAAGGACGAGAACAACGUUUUCCUCCUCGAGAAUCAAACCCAGCCCAUCACAGCCGACAACGUCACUGUUGCAGGUCCAACAGCGUGGUCAAACCUCACCGAGUUCAUCAAAGACGGUGAUGUUGUCAGGCUUUACCAUCUCACGACGCACCGGCGCAUUCACUCUCACGAUGUCCGGCCUCCUAUUACCGAGGCCGACUGGCAAAAUGAAGUCACAGCUUACGGCUACGAAGGAUUCGAAGGUGAUGCCAAUGACCUCUUCCGAGUUGAAAUUGUCAAGUCGAUGUCUGAUGGCGAAGAAGCCAAAAAGAGACUGAGGACCAUUCAGACCAAGUUUAAGCUGGUCCACAUCAUGACGGGCUGCGUUCUGUUCUCCCACAAGGUCAAACUACCUGACUGGGGAUUCGAGCAACAGGAAGUGACUUGUGCCAAAGGAGGCACCCUUCCCAAUAGUGUGUGGUACAUCGAGCAGAAUCAACACCCAAUGCUUGGGGAAAACGCAGAAAAGGUCAACUACCGCAACCCGGGCUUCUUGGGCAAGUUUUGGGAAUUGCAAAAGGUCAUGUGGAGGACCAAUGCCGGCUUGGUUGAGUCGCAUGCAUGGGACUCCCGACCGGGCUCCUGGCCCAUUCUCCGCCGUGGGAUCAAUUUCUGGGGCAAAGACCACCGUCAGAUCUAUCUACUCGGAAAUCCCGCCAUCUGGUGGCCUUCAACCCUGGCUAUUUUGACCUACAUCAUUUUCAAAGGUAUCGCCGUCCUCCGCUGGCAACGCAGCUGUAACGAUUAUUCCAACAUCAACUUCAAGCGGUUCGACUACGAAAUUGGUCAGACUGUUCUAGCAUGGGCGUUCCACUAUUUUCCCUUCUACUUGAUGGCCCGACAGUUGUUCUUGCACCACUACUUCCCCGCCCUCUAUUUCGCCAUAAUGGCCAUGUGCCAGAUCUUCGACUUUGUUGUGAAUCGAAUCUCCUCUCUAGGACUGAAGAAGUACCCCGAAAUUGGCUGGAGUGUAGCUGUCUUGUUUGUUGCAUUCGCGAUUGGUGUUUUCACCUUAUAUGCUCCAUUGAUCUAUGGCAAUCCAUGGACUCAGGCCCAAUGCAGAGCGGUCAAACUGUUUGACACCUGGGACUUUGACUGCAACACCUUCCACACUGAUUAUGCCCAAUACUCGACACCGCUUCCACCCUUUGGAGAAGCAACUCCGACUGUGCCCUCCAUGCAAAUCGACUCCGAUAGGAAAGGUGACCCAUCUGCGGUCACCCCUCAGGUUGGUGAAGGGAAAGUGAUCGGACAGGAAGAGCGGGUGGAAUAUCGCGACCAGAACGGGAAUCUCUUGGACGAAGCCCAAGUUCAAGCACUGCUGGCGGAAGGCAAAGCAUCCUUCCAAACCAAGUACGAGACAAGAACAAGACUGGUUGACGAGGACGGCAACGAGGUCAACCAGUCAGUAGUUGCUCCCGAUCACCCAGAUGUCGAAGGCCAGAACCCGUCCACGAAGGGUGUGCCCGAGGAGCAGGCCAAGAAGUCGCCUGCUGAUGCCCAGGCGGGUGGUUCAGUGAAGAAGGGAGAUGACAGCAAAGCCAAACCGGCCAGCGAUGCGAGCGAAGCGACGAAGUAA